CCGUUUGCCCGGUCCUCUGGUGCCUUGCCCUCCCCCUAUCCUUCUUUGGCCCCGCGCCGUGCAAUGCACCCCCUCCCCUUUGUGCCCCGUCCCUUCCCGCCCCCCGCGCUCGCCGGCGUCCCGCUCGAGUACAUCGUCGACCAGCUCCGCCGCCUCGCCCCCCACUACUGGAGCAGGCCCGAGACCUCCGACUGCACCAUCGUCGUUUCUUUGGAUGCGGACAUGUCCUCAAAGACCUCCGGGCCCGCCGUCGACUGCGACGCGUUCCGCCAGAUGGGUAUCAGCUCUGCGAUGAGCACGGAGUCCUUCGGCCUUGAGGAUGGACCCACACCGGCACCGACCUCUUCACGGAAGUCGGUACGCCCACGACGUAUGAUCAUGAAGCUGCACAUGGACUACCUGUGUGCGCACUCUUCUCUGUUCCGAGGCCUCCUCAGCGGCGCGUCGAUCUUCGACUUGGCGGCGGAAACCCCAAAGUCAGGUCUCGAUACGCCCUCCCUUUCGCGCCAGUCCUCUGCCUCUUCGCUACGCCUGCCCUGCAUCUUGCCCUCGUCGACGUGCACGCACCCUGUUGUCCAUCUCCCCAUCCCGGAUCCUGCCUCGUUCCACCACCUCAUCCACUAUGUCUACUUCGGCUCGACGUCCUUCAUGGAGGAAGCGCUCGAGAACGGAGAGCUUAGCUGGGAGGGCCUUGCCCGCAACGUCGAGUACCUUCAGAUGGGCGCCGAGAUUAAACUUUUUCUCGGCCGCUACUGGCGACGCGCCCACGCGUACUACGACUGCAGCGAGAGCGAAAGCGAUCGAGACUACGACUCCGAUUACGACAGCGACUCUGAUGAGUGCAUGAGCGACGAGGACGAGUCGACACUGGCCGACCCCGACGAGGACGGCAUGUGCAUGGUGGACGACGACGACGAUGGUAUCAGCAUCCUCAAGGCAAAGGCGAAAGCGCGCGCUCGAGAGCCUCCUCGUGGGCGGCAACGCACGACGCGCCGGCUGGGACACUCGACAUCCGAUCCUGUGAUCAGCCACCGCGCGGCGGAAGCGGGCCCCUCUACCGCACGCCGCAAUCUCAGCAAGUAAAGCCACCCUCAACCGACCCCGCAACAACACCUCUUCUAAAUCCCCCGCAACGUCAUUCACGCCGCGCCCACCCACCUAAUAGCGCCCCCGCGCGUUCGCAAACGACUGCUGCUUUCGAUCUUCCACGCUCUAAUCUUAUUGUAAUCCCUAUAUCGGCGGAGGGCAUGUUGUAUGUAUGUCUACCCGAACGGACUGUUUCCCAGUGCUGCCACACCUGUAUCGCCCAUCUGCGCGCCCUCCCACUCGCUCACCUAGACAUUCCUUCGUCUUACACGUACCCCACGCUCGCCCCGCCGGUGCGACCUAGUCCUUUCCCCUUCGCGCUCCCACCCGACGACACCCCAAAGACUCUCACCCCCACCAUAGUAGUCCCCCGCGUGGGCGGCAGCCCGCCCCCGCGUCGUAAUGCGGGCGCACACUGCGUGCGCCGCGCGCACCGGCGACAUACGCUACCAGUUCCCGUUCCGGACCCGGAUAACUUGAGGUUGGAGGCUCGCGGGCGGUCGGCGCCGCGCGUGGGGAGCCGGCAGAGGGCCGCCGAGGUGCAGUGGAGGAGCCGCGGACCCAGCCCAGUAUCCCUUACCCCACCCUCCGUGCUUGCUACGCAAUUGCAAUACGAACACUCGUUGUGAACCCC